AUGAUAGUCACGUUGUGCAACUGUUAAAUUCUUUUGUUUAUAGAGGACCAUAUGGAUGUCAUUUUUGUAUGGUUUUUGAAAUCUUGGAAGUUAAUCUGUUAGAAGUAAUCAAGAGAUUUGAAGCAAAAGAAGUAUUGA